AUGCAGCGUGAUCUGCGCUUCCGAACAGUGACAGGCGGUGAAAUUCGACGACGACUACAUUGGGGGUCCUUUUUCACCAACCUUGAAGGUUUCGAGGAAGUCAAGGUUACGGAUUUCAGCGUUUUUCGACCUUAUUUUAAGAAUACAAAGCUCUUUACCGAAGCAGAUGAGGAAGGAGCUAGUGUUGUUAUUUGUACUGGCAAGAUAAAGCACGUUCGCAGCAGCUUUUUGCAUGAAUUUGAAUAUCUCAAGUCUUUGGUUGAGCCCGACAGAGUAAAGGAUAUCAAGAUGUCACUAAGUUCUCUUGAGCUGUACCACCUCAUUUACAAGCAAGGCUAUGCUUACCCGAGUUCCGUCUACGCCUCGGACGAUGAGUACUUUGCUGAUCUCGCCGUGGCUUUCCGAGAAGAAGUCAAAAUACUGUACAAGGCAGGCUUGAGAAACCUCCAGAUAGAUGACCCAAGUUUGACAUAUUUCUGUGAUCCGGACGUUCACCAAGGCUGGGCACAAGAUAAACUGAAUUCUCGGACCAGUUCUCAGCAAAUUGAUGCAUAUAUCAAGCUGAUUAACGACUCGAUACAGAACUUCCCAGACGAUAUACAUUUCUCUUUUCAUUUAUGCACGGGUGACUUCAAGAGUGGACACUGGGCGAGCGGCGGAUACGAUUUGAUUGCCACAAAGCUUUUCAAGAACUGUAGCGUCGAUACUUUUUACCUGGAAUUUGACACUGGGUGUUCUGGAGGAUUUGAGCCAUUGAAGAAAUUACCUAUCGACAAGCGUGUUGUGCUUGGUCUUAUUACGAGUCAGACAGGCGAGCUUGAAGAUUUGAGGAAUUUACAGCGCGGCGUCAGGGAAGCAGCCAAGUUUAUGGCUGAAGGAAGUGGUCAGACGGAAGCAGAGGCUGUGCAAAGAAUUAGCGUUAGUCCUCAGUGUGGGUUUGCUAGUGCUAAUGUUGGACACCGUAUCACCAAGGAGGAUGUGAUUCGAAAGCUGCAAUUAGUACGGGAGUUGGCGGACACCGUUUGGCCUGGUGAACCCUGA